AGCUGCGGAACUGUCCGUGGCGUAAUUUCAACGGUUAUGAUUUACUAAGGCCAAAGAAAUACAGAAAUCCGCAUCGUAUAUAUAUUCUCUUCUUUUGGCUUCUCUCUCAGUAUUGAAACGACAUGCCGGAGACAGGAUCGACUUCACAAAACGCAGCUUCUCCGGUGGAUCCCACCGACCACCUCCCGCUAUCUCUUCUCAGAUCCGACGCCAUCCCGGCAGCUCCGGAUCGAUCGGCUUCGUCCAUUGACUGGCUACCGGACUUCGCUGGUUACUCAUGGGUGGCGUACGGAUCCUCUACUCUUCUCGUCAUCACUCACUUCCCUUCCCCGCUCUCUCAAGAAGAGACCCUAAUUGGACCUAUUUUCCGCCAAGUUUUCGAGCUCUCCGCCGAUCCUGUCACUGCAGUUUCUUGGUCUCUAGUCACACCGUCUGUUGGCGAGCUCGCAGCCUCCUCCGGUAACUGUAUUUACAUCUUUUCUCAUCAAUCUGCAAGCUCGAAUUGCAAAGGUUCUUUUUGUUGGAGCCAGAAUGCAGUACUUGAACAAUGUGCAAAGGUUCAGGCAAUCGAAUGGACGGCUUCAGGGGAUGGGAUAGUUUCUGGUGGAAUUGAGGUUGUUUUGUGGAAAAGGAGGAGCAAAUCCUGGGAAAUAGCUUGGAAAUUCAAACCAGAACAGCCACAAAAUCUAGUUUCUGCCACUUCGUCUAUUGAAGGGCCUUCAGCUACAGCAGCUUACUGGAAGGAAUCAGAAAUUGAAGAAUCUAAUGAGCUAACUAAAUCUGUUGUUGUUUGUUAUGGUGAUGGGAACUCUGGAUAUGCAAAAGUUAUGCUAAGUCAUCCCCAACCCAUCUCAAUGAUUCAGUGGAGGCCAUCAACAGGGGAACAAUCAUGUAGAGAUGUAAAACAUCUGCCAAGGCACAUAUUACUUACAUGCUGCUUAGAUGGAACUGUGAGGUUAUGGAGUGAGGUAGAUGGUGGAAGAGUCAAAAAGGUUGGCAAGGAUAGUGCUAAUGAUCAAAAAAGCAUCAGGCAAUCUUUUUGUGUUGCUGCUGUAAUAGAGAUAAAUCAGGAAUUGAAUGGAAUUCUAGGAGUGGAUAUAUCUUUGACAUGGGCAAUAGAAAUUGGUGGUAUAAUUAAAACCAGCAAAGGAACUAACCAAUUUUUCAAUGUGGGAGAAUAUAAGCAUGACAUGACUGGCGGAUGUGAAUGGUUAAUUGGGUUAGGUCCUGGAGCGUUGGUUACUUUUUGGGCCAUCCACUGUCUUGAUGACAUAUCACCAAUGAGGUUCCCUCGAGUAAAAUUGUGGAAGAGACGGGAACAGAAGGGCCUGGAAGUUGGAUUGUCAAAUUUUAAAGACCAAUUGCUUCUUAAAAAGGUUUUUAUUAUGAGAAAUUGCUUGUCUGGACCACCAGCUUUAUGUUCUUUGCUUCAUUUAUUACCUUGCAAAUCUCUGUCCUUGUCUGUGUUGUAUACAGAAAAAUCAAAUGAUGUUAUAGAUGCAUCUCCUAAUGAAUCUAGAGCAGAGAACUUGUCACACUCAGUAUGUGGUGUUUUAAAUAUGGAUGGUCAUACUGGAAAAAUUUUGCAAGUUGCUGUACAUCCUUAUGUUGAUGAAGUUCAAUUGACUGUUUCUUUGGAUUCUAGUGGACUGCUGCUGUUUUGGUCAUCAUCUUCCCUUUCCAACAAUAUUCUUAGCCUUCCAACAUUGAUUCCCACAUGGAAAUUUUGUGGAAAACUUGCAACUGGUGGUUCAUGUUCUAAAUAUACAAGCUUGAGGUGGGCACCUUCAGUAUUGGAUGAAGACCGAAUUCUUCUUUUGGGACAUUCUCAAGGAAUUGACUGCUUUAUAGUAAAGAUUUCUAAAAGUAAAGAAAAUGGCAUAGCAUGUCACUAUGUGUGCACUGUGCCUUUUGCAGGUCAAGGUUUUCAGGAUGGUCCUGCUGAUAUCUAUUCAAUACCAUUGUCUCCAUCUUGUAAGCAAACAUUCAUGUAUAAUAGAUUUAUGCUUUUGGGGAUAUGGAUGAGAGGUUUUCAGGCUCUAUCCUGGGAAAUCACCAUUCAUUCUUAUGAUCUAGGGGGAAGCUUCUGUGAAUGCAAUUUUGAUGAUAAUAUAGCUGUUCAAUGCAGCAGCACAUUGAAAAUUGAAGAUGAGUUUGCUGGGAGAAGAUAUUGUCUGCUUGUUAAUUCUUUGUCUUCACAGUUGCCUGAACCUCAUAACAAUGAUCAGGUUACAAGUUUUGCUGUGAUCUUUCCAGGUGGUUUGACCCCUGUACAUCAAAAGUUAGCUUUUAAUAGUGAUCCAUGUAGUGAAAGUCCUGCAUAUACCAUGGCCACUGGCUGUUCUGAUGGCAGUUUAAAACUUUGGAGAUGUAAUUGCAGUAAAUUGCCAACUUCUCACACACAAUGGGAGCUAGUGGGUAUGUUUGUUGCACAUCAUGGUCCUGUAAGUGCUAUAUGUUUGACUGAUUGUGGUAGAAAGAUUGCGACUAUCUCCAAGGAUAAUCAGUCAAGUUCAGCUGCUACUUGCACUCUGUGUAUAUGGGACUCUAUACACCUUGCUGACUCAGGGAGUUUCUUGCUGGAAGAUACAUUAUCCCUUGAUAGAGAUGUUGUUGCUUUAAAUUGGUUAGCUCUAGGAAAUGGACAGUUAGUACUUGGAGUUUGCUUGAAGAGUGAACUGCAGAUAUAUGCUCUGAGGCAUUUUAGUAGUCAGGCUUUGUUCAACUCUAAAAAUUCUUUGGAAACACACCUUUGGUUUUGCAUUGCGGUUGGUCAUACUUCCCCUGAUAUCCAUAAUUUCUUAUGGGGGCCUGGAGCGGCAGCAGUGGUUGUCCAUACUAGUUACUUAAGUAUAUUCAGUCCGUGGCUAUUUCUUUUAGAUAAGAAAUGUUGGGCUAAAUCUUAUCCAUAUCAAUUCAAGGAAAACCUUAUUGAUUGUGAAGGAGGAGCUCAGCUGAAAUGUCAAUCAGAUCUCAUUCUUGGUUUCUGGAGCAUGGUAGACAUAGCAGAGAUAUUAUGGAGAUCUUUGCCUGUGUAUCACCCUGAGGCACUCUUCUUAAAUAUUUAUUCAGGCAAUUGGAAACGUGCACAUGCAUCUCUGAGGCAUCUAGUCGAAUAUCUUACUUCUAAUUAUGCUUCUAAAAGGAGAGAUUGCAGUUCAAAGGGUAGUUCUACUGUUCCACAGAUGCUUCUGUCAGAUUACUUUGAAGGGCUUUACUUUAAAAGUUCAAAUGAGAAUGGAUUUCAGUGGAGUGGGAAUGCUACGUUGAUGAUGUCAUCUUCACAGUAUCAAAGUGGCUUGAUGCAAUUUGCUUAUAAUUCAGCACCCAAUUCUUCUAACAAUAUCUUCAGUUCAUCUUCAACAAAACCUGAACUUGGCAACUUUCUUGAGCCUCUGGAGAAGUUGCAUGAGUUGGCAGCUGUAACCAACACAGAGAAGAUGCAAAUUCUUACAAUUAUAGACCUUCUAAAUGAAGUUAGUAAUCCACACUCUGCUUCUGCCUAUGGAAAUCUGGAUGAACCAGGCCGAAGGUUCUGGGUCACAAUAAGGUUUCAGCAACUACAUUUUUCUAGAAGGUUUGGUAGAUCAGCAUCUUUGGAAGAGUUGGUCAUUGACUCAGGGCUUAUAGCCUGGGCAUCCCACUCUGAUUGCCAGGAAAGUUUGUUUGCUUCUAUUCUACCUAAUGAACCAACAUGGCAAGAAAUGCGGAAUUUGGGUGUUGGAUUUUGGUUUAGUAAUGCAAUACAACUACGCACAAGGAUGGAGAAACUGGCAAGGUUGCAGUAUCUAAAGAAGAAAGAUCCUAAGGAUUGUACACUUUUGUAUGUAGCAUUGAAUAGACUUCAAGUUUUGUCUGGUCUUUUUAAAAUCAGCAAGGAUGAGAAGGAUAAACCCUUGGUGGGAUUUCUUUCACGCAAUUUUCAGGAGGAGAAAAACAAGGAAGCAGCUUUAAAAAAUGCUUAUGUCUUGAUGGGUAGACAUCAGCUAGAGCUAGCUAUUGCGUUUUUCCUACUUGGAGGUGAUGCUUCUUCUGCAGUUACCAUUUGUGUGAAGAACCUUGGAGAUGAACAGCUAGCACUAGUAAUUUGCCGGCUUGUUGAGGGCCGUGGUGGACCAUUAGAACAUCAGUUGAUUACAAAGUUUAUACUUCCAUCUGCAAUUGAUAGAGGAGACUAUUGGCUUGCAAGCCUUCUGGAGUGGGAAUUGGGGAAUUACUUUCAAUCUUAUAUCACAAUGCUUGGUUUCCAAGGGGUUUCUGCCAUUGCCACAACCACUCUUUCAUGCAACCAUGUUGCUUUUAAGGACCCCAGUAUAGGCCUGUAUUGCUUUGCUCUAGCCAACAAAAAUAGCAUGAGGAAUGCUAUUGGGGAUCAGAAUGCAGUGGUUCUUGCUAAAUGGGCAUCGCUGAUGAAUGCUACUGCCCUAAGCAGAUCUGGGCUUCCUCUCGAAGCUUUGGAGUGUCUUUCAUCUUCUCAGAGCAUUCUUAAGGGUACAGAUCAAGAGAACACAUCAGAUCUCGGAUGUUCAAAAAUUCUACAAGCAAUUCUGAAGCCUUCAGCUAGUGAUUCCUCUAACUGGUUGUUGGAUGAUGUGGCUUCAAAUUUAGAGUCACAUGCUAAAUUAGACUUGGCACUCCAGUAUAUCUCAAAAUUGAUAAGAGAGCAUCCUAGUUGGCCUGACAGUUAUCUAGGAUCUUCUGAUUCUGAUGGAACUAGCAUGUCUUACGAGGAUGAUGAGAUUCAUCAAUAUGAGAAAUUGCUCAAGAAUUUUCAAUAUAAACUAUACACAGGCCUUGCACAGUUUGAGCAGAAACAUUCUUUGGUUUCUUCUCGCCUAAUUAACAUGGCCUUGGUCUCAUUGUGCAACAAUGGGCUAUGGUUCCUUGGGUAUGAUAUUUUAUAUGGAUGUCUUUCUCAAGGUCAGUCACAACAUGAGAAUCAUACAGUUGACAGUUCACUCUUGUAUCUGCUUUUCAAUAAGCCACUUCUCAAGGCAGCUGAAGAUAUCUCCUUUUUGUUUUCACAUUUUAUUGCUGCAUGUGGCAUGUCUUGCCCCACAUCAAACUCUUCAUAUUUUGAGAAUGAUUUGUCUGGUGAAGUUUCUUCCAAAUGGUUCAAAGCUCUGGGUUAUUACUUUCAAGGGGUCAAACAUUCAUUAUGGAGUUUAAGAGCUGCAAUAAAGAUUUUCUUUGGCAUGUAUAAGAAGGAUUCCAUCCUGAAAAUCCUGACUAUUCUUGAUCUAUAUGAAUAUUAUGCACAUUAUGCUUCUGCUUGGCUUCAGAGAAACUCGAAAGGUCUCAUGCUGAUGGUGAAACCCCUCUUGAUUACUUGUACUAAUGGGCAUACUCCUUAUGAAGUUGAUAUGUUGAAUAUGAAGAAACUUUUUCAUCAGGUUUCAGAUGUGGUGUUUCAGAAUAGAUUGGUUGAGGAUGUAGUUUUUGAUGCCAAGCAAGGUGGAGACCUACCACUUUCAAUUCCAGAAGAUGAGAGAUGGGCUAUUAUAGGGGCUUGUUUGUGGCAGCACAUGUCCCUAUUCAUGAAACACACAUUGUCUUCAAUAUCUAUGAGUCUUGAUGAAAAUUAUCCUUCUGAUCUUUUUCAUGGAAAACUUUCUACAUGGGUGCCAUUUUCAGCAAAUUCUGAAUCGGAUAGCAACAUAAUAGCUGAAAAGCUCAGGUUUCUAUCAUGGAUAAUGGCAGUAGUUCUAAAAACUGCACUCCAACAUAUUUCGUCUUAUCACAUAAUACAACUUGCUUUGGUACUGCAACAAAAAUUAGAGAAUGGAUUUGACCCCAGCACCCUUGUAUGGUUAGAAGAAUCUAAACCAUCGCCUAGUGCCAUGUAUCGGCAUCAAAGUCAGGGCACUGUCAACGGAGACAUAACUAACAACACUGAUGGAGGUUCCAUUUCUAAAAUCUUAUGGGAUACAUGUGCUGAUCCUAAUAUCAUAUCUGAAUGUUUUGUGCAAGAAAAGAUAAAUUGGUCUUGUUGUUUUCAUCUUAGGCCUGUCAAAGGAUGGAGUGACUUGUACAAAAGCAUUAUGGGUGAGCAUGAAACUGAUGAAUGGAAUAAAAAUGAAGGCAGGCUAAGCAAUAGCUCUGCCAGUUCUGAAGUUGGAUCACCUUCUAGGACUGUGUUUCGAAAUGGCCAUACUUUAGUAAGUUCCUGGCAGAAAGAUUCAAAAAUUGAAAAGGAGAUCUCACUUUUCCAUCAUCCUAAAGAAGUUUACAAGAGAAAUGGGGAGCUUUUGGAGGCAUUGUGUGUCAACUCCAUUGAUCAACAGCAAACUGCAAUUGCAAGCAAUAGAAAGGGCAUUAUUUUCUUUAACUGGGAAGAUCUUAUGCCUUUCACAAACCAAUCAGACUACAUAUGGUCAGAUGCUGAUUGGCCACAAAAUGGAUGGGCUGGUUCUGAGUCAACCCCAGUUCCAACACGUGUGCCUCUUGGUGCUGAUCUUGGGAGCAAGAAAGGAGCACACCUUGGCUUGGGUGGGCCAACGGUUGGUGUGGGUUCAGUGGCUAGACCAGGGAGAGACUUAACAGGUGGUGGAGCAUUUGGAGUUCCAGGUUAUGCUGGUAUUGGGGCCUCUGGCUUAGGCUGGGUGAUACAGGAAGACUUUGAUGAGUUUGUUGAUCCACCAGCUACUGUGGAAAAUAUAAGUACAAGAGCAUUCUCCAGUCACCCAAAUAGACCUUUCUUCUUGGUUGGCUCUAUCAACACACACAUUUAUUUAUGGGAGUUUGGCAAGGACAAAGCAACAGCAACUUAUGGAGUGCUGCCUGCCCCUAAUGUUCCUCCACCUUACGCUCUUGCAUCAGUAUCAGCUGUGCAGUUUGACCACUGUGGACACAGAUUUGCUACUGCAGCUCUAGAUGGAACAGUCUGCACAUGGCAACUGGAGGUGGGAGGAAGAAGCAACAUCCGUCCAACAGAAUCAUCUUUCUGCUUCACUAGCCAUGCAUCGGAUGUCAGUUAUGUUAGUUCAAGUGGAUCAGUUAUUGCUGCAGCUGGAUAUAGCUCCAAUGGUGUUAAUGUGGUUAUAUGGGAUACUUUGGCUCCUCCUGCAACCUCUCGAGCUUCAAUUAUUUGCCAUGAUGGUGGUGCCCGCUCCAUUUCUGUGUUUGAUAAUGACAUUGGAAGUGGUUCUGUUUCUCCCAUUAUUGUGACUGGCGGUAAAAGUGGUGAUGUUGGACUUCAUGACUUCCGGUACAUAGCUACUGGAAGAACCAAAAGGCACAGGCACCUUGACACUGGUGAACCAAGCAGCAAAACGUCUGGUUCAGACACACAGAACCAAAUCUCAGACAAGAAUCUGAAUGGAAUGCUAUGGUACAUACCAAAGGCUCACUCAGGGAGUAUCACCAAGAUAUCUACCAUACCAAAUACCAGUUUGUUCUUAACGGGAAGCAAAGAUGGUGAUGUUAAACUCUGGGAUGCCAAAACAGCCAAGAUGGUGUAUCAUUGGUCAAAAUUGCACGACAGACACACCUUUUUACAACCAAGCUCCCGUGGUUUUGGUGGUGUUGUCCGGGCUGCUGUUACCGACGUACGACUUGUAUCGCAUGGUUUUCUUUCAUGCGGUGGGGACGGCUCCGUAAAGCUGGUUCAGCUCAAAGAUCAUCUGCAUUGGACAUGAGAGUUAAACCAAGUUUCUUCUGAUCCAGUGCAGAAAUCAUCUCUCAGAUCCGUAAAGAGUGAAAUUUAACUGAGAUUCCAUGGAAGCUCCACAAGUUUUCCUCCAUGGAUGGAGCUCGUGGGAGGUAAAUAGCAAUUUUCUGUACUAAUCAAAAUAGAUAGAAAAUACCUGGUUGCGUAACUAGAGCAACCAAAUGCUCUGCGUCUCCAGUGCAAUACUCCAGCUUCUAGUUUUUUCGUGUAACAUCAUUGUGAUUCUUGCGUGUACAUAACUAUGAAUUUUCGUUUGUUGGGAAUGUUUGUUAAUUAUAAACUCUUAUAAUAUAAUGAUAUACAGUAA